AUGGCUUCCACGAAUCCUUUCUGGUCAUUUGUCACUCCCCUCACAGACAACACGCCGCAUGCACUCUCUGGGCGUCUGAGCGACAUCCUAACUCAUGGCAACCACAUACGGGGACCUUCUAACGAUGAUGCUCGAAGCUAUACACAAACGACACCCGACUCGGCUUGGUCACAGGCGUCGUUCCAGGACGUUGCCUUCACCUUCGAUACGUCCCAGGGCAAGAAUGUGGCAAGCUUGAAAGACGCAGCCUCCAUCCGGUCCGGCGAUUGGCCCUUGACCGAAAAGUACUAUUCUGUCUCUUCUGUACCCCAUGAUCUGAGAUGUCCAAAAUGGACGCUCUGGAAAACCAUCCUCCUCCCCACCUCGGCUAUCAUCCUUCCUAUGGCCUUCCUUGUCGCUGGGCUACUAGCGUUGAUCUUCGGCUACAGAGUCAGAUCUGAGGACAGCUUAUUUGCGCAAGUGUCGAACUCCCACGUCUUGAGUGAUCAUGCCGUUGUACUAGUCGAUUAUUCAGCUACCCGGAUCGCGUUUGUCGCUUCGUGGGCGUCGACUCUGGCACCUCUUCUUGCUGGCUUCAUCAUGAGCCUGUCAAGUUUCCAGUCUGCCCUCCUCAUAUAUCUCUCCUCAACACGCUCUGAACAACAAGACCUCCCAACUCCCUAUCAAUACAGUCUGCUCGUCGGCCUUUGCUUGGCCUCAAUGGGCAGACUGAGGAGAUACUUCUCCUACGCGAAAGAAGAUGGAAUAAUCAUCCCUCCGGCCCUUCGGCGAGCUGCACGGACUUUGACACUAACAUUUGUCCUUGCUUGUGUUGUCUUUGGCGCUGAUACGGCUCUUCACUACACAACUUCAACCAUCAACUUCGACCGUAUCUCGGUCUCGUCCGAAGCUCAUGCUUAUGGGUACGGGUUAUCGUCAGCAUGUCUCGCCCUCAACCGCAGCGACAACUUUGGCCUGCCAUGCUCCCGUAAUGGAAUUCUCGCCGGGACGGAUUACAAUGCCUACGUUUCAGGCCAGAAUGAGAUCUUUUAUCUUCAACACGGCACAUCCAACGUCAGUGAAGUUCGUCUCGUCGACACGCCAUCAUACGAGCCAUCAAACGACACAUCGUCAGGGGCUGCGAAGGUCGCCCUUGUCAUCCCCCAAAGCACACAUUUGUCUCCCUUCCGUGACUUCCAGGCCCAUUCCACCGGCGUAAUCACGACCUGCGAACCCAUUAGCGCCCUCUGCAACUGGACAAGCGGCGGUCCAGGAGAUUACUACAGCCAAUUCAACUGCAGCGAGAAUUUUUGGGGGAUACUAGGAAAGGCCCCCAACGUGAGCGACACAGGCAUGCUCAUUGAUGACAGCUCGGUGCCACCAUUGGGAUUCAAACGUGGCGCAGCCUUACAAUACGCAUUUUUCAUGGACAAGGGACUGAGCAUCCCCUACGACACAGCCGGGGAUCUUGGCCCCUUUAUACAGGACUCGGAUCUUAUCAACCCAGUAUAUAUGGGAGUUGCUGCACGUUUUCAAGACACAGCCCAGCGCGCCGGUGUGAACAUGUCUUCAGAUCCAGGGGUCUACCAGGGCCCUACGCCGUACAUCGACUUCACACUGCGAUGCCAGUACACCACGUACCUGGUCGACUACAACUGGGUCAACUCUUCGGCUCAAGUAAACACGCUUACCCCUUCGCCAAACGGCACGAUUGCGGAGAUCUUCCAUGGAUACAACAUUUACGGGAGCUACGACAGCUUCGACAACGACCUUCAGGACUUCAUCCUCGAGGCAGCGCUGCAAUCCGACCCGCAACAGCUUGCCGAUGCUUUCGCAAACAGCUAUUCAUCGCGCGUGAUGAACGUGAUUGGCCCAUUCCUCUCGUCGCGCACCAACCUGCAAGAACAAACGCGCACUCCAUUACUCGUGGCGAAAGUCCCGAAGGUGCCACUGGCAAUCCUCGUUGCGGGGUGUCUGUGCUAUGUCGUCUUCGGCGUGGUAAGUGCGGUAUUGGCAUAUAACGCUCUGAGGACGGUGGAUGUGCGAGAUCUGGCGUUUCGAUUCAGCCUGCCAGCGCUGGGCCUACAUGCUUUUCGAGACGAUAAUACAGAGAGGGAAGCCGUAGAUAUUGACAAGAUUGGCAAAAGGGGCGGCGGGUUCGAAGAGGAGCGCAGGGUAUUCAACGAGACGAGAAUAAAGGGAGAAUCGAUGAGGGUCGCGGUCGAGGGCGAGCCGAGGACCGGAUUCAUGUUGAAGAGCCUGGUGUGA